CGGCCUCUCCCUCUCUUGCAGUAAUUUGCUUUUUUCCCCUUUCCAAAACCGACUAGCCUCCCCUGUCCCUUCGAUUACCAUUCUUUUUCGUUUCUAUGUACAGGAUGUAUUUGCUAUUUGCGCAGAGGGUCGUACCGAACCAAACCAUGGCAGAAACGGUAGUACAAUGAUCAGGCCGACCAUUUCCAGAAGAGACCCAACAGGGUACGGCAGUCAGAUCCGAUGGACUAAUGAUUAUCGCCACUGGGAUCCUUCCCGCCUCCCCUGUAGUACUACCCGACAUUAGAUUAUAUUAGAUUGUGAUGGCUGCUAGUAUGCUCCGAAAGUGGCAGCAUGCCUACGCAUGACUAGGCUCACAUCAUGGCGGAUCGCAAUGAUCGUGUUCUGCACACCGUUGGCUGUGGCCAAAUGGUCGGCAGUUUGCAGGUCAUUAAUAUCAUUAAUAUCACUGUUGCAUUGCGUAUUGCACUUGGCCAGGCUAAUCGUUGGCACUACUGUAGGCACGGUGGCCUACUACGUACCUGGUUGGUCGGUUAUCGCGAUCUAAUUGGACGAGAAUCGUUGUUGAAUUAGUAGUGGAAUGGCCAGCAUCAAC